GCCCAUUAUAUCUAUUUCACAUUACAAUGGACCUCGGCGAACCCCAACCAGUAGACCCAAAGCAAGCUGAGCUGGAGCAGAAGCGCAUGGAUAUUGCUUGCUUCAAGCGGAAUUUAGAAGUCAAUCGCAUGCCACUGAGCAAGACUAUAGAGGCCAUAAGUAACUAUUGCUUUGAAAACGCUCACUCGGAUCCCCUGCUCUCUCCUCCAAAAGAUAAUCCUUAUAAAUCAAGCCGUUCUUGUGUCGCCUUUUAGCUGAACUUAACUACCCUUCCUAUGCUUAUUACUGACAAAUUUGUCCAACUUCAGCCACAUGUGUAUGUUGAGACAUUUGAAUAUCUCUGUUCGUGCCGACGACCCAUGGUAUUGUUAUCAUCUUUGAACAGCUCUGUUGCAUUGGAGUGUGCUUCCUUUUCCCCUAACUUUGUUUCAAUCUGUGUCCAUGUGUUAUCGAUAUCUCUGACGAUUCAACACUACAAAUGGCUUUCUUAGCUGUAGUUCUCUCUUUUGGCUUGGAUUCCAUCUAUGGUAUCUCCGAUUGUCAUCUUCCAAUGGGCUUACUAGUGGCGAUCGUUUAGUAGCUUGGCCACUGUCUUUCGCCUGUUCACUCUACGGCUACUUCGGGUUUUACUUGUUAUAUUUUACAUUUUGUUCAGCUCAUUAUCAACAGUUUGCGUCAAGACUUUACUCCCCAACUCGUAUGCGAACGGUCUGUUUUAACGAUGUUACCAUGUCACUCGACUGCCGUUUUGCUUUCCGUAACUAAUGUGAUUACAUUGGUGUGUCCUUGAGGCGCCAUUACCCUCUUUGUCUUAUUUGUGGAUCACAAUCCUCUGUUUAUUAUUGUUAUCUCAAUCUAGGAGAAUCUGGAGCAUUCGCAACCUCGUCACCUGGAAACUUGGCAUAUCAGCGAUGAUGCCGAGUCAAGCGGCCUUUGCUUUUUGUCCUUUCUUCGAUGAGUACCAUUUAUACGGGUCAUCGGUCAGAAACAUAUGCAUUCUCCUCCGGGGCGCAUUUGGCUGUCAGGCUGCAGAGAUAAGUACCGCAGUUUAUGUGGAGGGAUCAUAGUCACCAGAAAUCAGAACCAUCUUGGUACAUUAGGACACUUUCCUUCUAGCUUGAAACAAUUCUGCUUUUCACUACCUAGUGAAACACUGUUUCGGUUUUCCUCUCUAAUAGUUUCAUGUCUUCUCCAACCGGUUCUGCUUUUUUCCUCACCUAGAACUUGGUGCUCCACAGCUCCCCAUUCGUUUUCAUUUGCAUCGAUUUCGCGACUACCUCGUUGGAAUGCGUUCAUUCACACUUGC